UGAGGGUGGUUGCGUGCGCCGGGCCGGAGGAAGGCGGGCAGUGGGCGGGCCCGCAGCGGGGUCUGUGUGCGCAGCUGGGGAGCGGGCCACGGUGAGACCCGGAGCAAAGCUGACCCAGUGCCUCACCAUGGACUCGCGCCCCGAAGAGUACGAGCUCAACGGCGACCUGCGCCCGAGCUCGCCCGGAUCCCCGGACGCCUCGCCUAGCCGCUGGGGCAGGAACCAGCCCAUCAACAUGAACCAUUAUGCCAACAAGAAGAGCGCAGCUGAGAGCAUGCUGGACAUCGCACUGCUGAUGGCCAACGCCUCCCAGCUGAAGGCUGUCAUCGAGCAGGGCACUGGCUUCGCCUUCUUCAUCCCCCUGGUGGUCCUCAUCUCCAUCUCCCUCGUGCUGCAGAUUGGAGUGGGCGUGCUGCUCAUCUUCCUCGUUAGGUAUGACCUCAACAACCCUGCCAAGCAUGCGAAGCUGGACUUCCUCAACAACCUGGCCACUGGUCUCGUCUUCAUCAUCGUCGUGGUCAACAUCUUCAUCACUGCCUUUGGCGUCCAGAAGCCUACCAUGGACACGGCACCCCGGCAGUAGGGGCUCAGGUGCCCCUGGAUUGUGCCUGGCCGCAGCUGCCUAGACACAGGAGGUGCCUCGCCCUUGAGGCCCAUCCUCCUGUGCACGGGAUUCCCCUAAACCGCCGGAGCCCAGGCUGGCCCCACCGGACUGCAUCCAAAUAAGCCACACGUGCUCAGGCCACUCUGGCCACACAGGGCCUGCCCCAUCCUCAGCUGCUCCUCCUCCUGGAGCAUGGAGUAGCCAGGCCCAGAAGAUGGAACUGGUGAGCCUUCAACAAGGGUCAUCACUGCCGUGGACAUGCAGCAGGCCCAAGGAUGGGGGUCAAGGGGCUGGCCCCAUCUAGGGACAUUUCCAGAGAGACGAGGCGAUGCCAGUGCAGCAGCAUCCUGGCCUUGUGCGCUGCCCACCCUGGGUGACCUGUGACCUCUGCACUUCCUGACCCAGGACUAUAGACCAUUAGUGACACUGUGGGCCCCCCACCGUGGCCACUGACUCAGACCUCACACCUUCCACCAGCAGUGACUGGGCAGGGCUUUAGCCCCUCCUUGGGGAUCUGAGCCCCCACUUUUCUAUAUAUAAGUAACCAAUAAAGCUGAUUCUUCUCUUCA